AGAGGAGGGAGGAGAGGAACAACUGAGCAGCCAAAGAAAAGACACCUGAGAGAAGAUAGAAAACUGAGAAAGUCAUCACCUGAAAUUGGGAAUUAGAAAAGGUUUAAAGGAUAAUUGUGUAAAAAGAGGAGAAACAGGACAGAAGGAAGAAAAGGUUUAAGAGUGAAGAAGCGUUUCAAGCAUGUUCCUCCUUCUCUCACUCUGCAUGUUUGGUGUUCUGCUGCGAGGUGAAGCGCAGAACCGAGCCUCUCUGUGGAAAGACAACGACAGAAGAGGACGAUGCCAGUACACCUUCACUGUGCCCAGCCCCGCAGAGGCCAGCUGCCCACAGGUCUCGGGUCCGGAGGUGGAGGGUCUGAAGGCGAGGCUCACCAUGCUGGAGGUGCUGGUGUCCCGGCUGAGCGGAGGGGAGGCUCAGCUCCCAGGGGGUCCCCAGGGGGCCGGAGCUACAGCUCAGGCUGAGCUUCAGGAGGCACUGAACCAGGCGGAGGGAGAGAGGAACCUGCUGCGGGGGGAGAAGGAGCGUCUGGAGAGGGAGCUGGAGGAGCUUCAGCGCAGGAUGGAGGAGAUGAGGAGGGAGACAGAGAGGCUGAGGAACAGACCCUGUCCUCCCCAGAACCCGGUGGUCCCACCCAGCCAACCUCUGCUGGACCGGAGCCCAAAGAGACCCACUGGUGGCUCCAGUCCGAUGUCUCACCUGAUGACCAGGCCCAACAGGCAGGGAGACAGCAGCAGCCUGAGAGAUUCAGCCUGGCAGUAUGGAACUCCGGGCUUUCAGGAGCUGAAGGCAGAAGUGACGGAGGUGCCGGCUCCAGACGGCAAUGACGACGGCACAGGUUGUGGGGUGUUGGUUUCAGUCCUUGAGCCAAUCACUCACAGGAAGGCUGACAACAUCGCUGGUAAAUAUGGUAUUUGGAUGCAGGACCCUGAGGCUGUUUCUCCUUAUGGACCCAACAUGGUGUGGCGUAUCGAUGCCAUUGGCACUGAGGUCAGGCAGCUGUUUGGGUAUGAGGACAUGGAGCAGCUCGCUAAAGGCUUUCCAUCCAAGGUGCUGCUGCUGCCAGAGCUAGUUGAGAGCACUGGUGCCGCUUUGUUCCGAGGCUCCCUGUAUUAUCAGAGACGUCGCAGCCGCACCCUCAUCCGCUAUGACCUGGCCUCGGAGACCAUCGCAGCCCGUCGUGAUCUUCCCCACGCCGGCUUCCAUGGCCAGUUCCCCUACUCCUGGGGAGGCUACACAGACAUCGACCUGGCCGUAGACCAGAAGGGGCUGUGGGCCGUCUACUCCACCAGCAAGGCCAAAGGAGCUAUCGUGAUCUCACAACUCGACCCGCACAGUCUGGAGGUGAAGAAGAGCUGGGAGACCAACAUCAGGAAGAACUCUGUGGCCAACUCCUUCAUGAUCUGUGGCAGGCUGUACACCGUGGCCAGCUACGCCGCUCCUGAAACCAUCAUCAACCACAUGUAUGACACCGAAACCAGCCAGGGGAAGGCCAUGGCCAUACCCUUCAGGAACAAGUACGGCUACAACAGCAUGAUUGACUAUAACGUGGCUCAGAGGAAGCUGUUUGCCUGGGACAACUUCCACAUAGUGUCCUAUGACCUCAGGCUGGGUCGCCAGCAGGCCAACUGAGGCCAACAUGAGUGACUGUUGAAAAGUGACCUUUGCUCACCUGUUCCUGCUUCAAAGACUCACAGCUUUAGAGCUUUACAUGAGUGGCCACAGCAGUUUUAAAGCCAACACCAUCAGCGCGUACAUGUAGAAGAGCCCAACUACCAAACUGAAGACAUUUGAGGAACAGUGUCCCCAACAGGUCUGCUUUUCUUUCUUUCUCAGUGGGAGGGCUUUUUGCUGUGGCGUGAUCCACAAACGUGUUUUUAGAGGAAUUAUUUUUGUACCGCCUUUAAUCCAGAUGUAUGAUUUUGUUGUUUUCUUGUUAAGCUAUAUAUAUAUUUGAAGUCUGAAAAACAUGAAGCAUAGUUCAAUUUUACUAGCUAAGUGGGAUAAUCAAUGCAUACAACUGACAACUCCUGUGGUACGACAUGCCUCAAAAUGUUUCACCAGUCAACACCUUCUAUCGAAUAAACUGCUCUCUCACUUAGCAUGUAUUGAAUAUUGCAUGUUCUUGUACACUGUAGUCAACAUAAUGUUCAAAACCGUCAUAAAAUAAACUUAAAAAUCCUAAACUACAA